AUGGGUUUCAUCACGCACACCGAUGCUGAUAAAAAACAUAACAGUGCUGGCGAUGAUAACGAUGAUAAUGGUGAUAUCGAUGAGAAUGAUGUGAUGAUAAUGUUGUUGACAGUGCCACUCCACAAGCAUGAAUCACUUCGUUCUCGUCUCGCAAAAGUAGGCUCGCUGCAGGCAUAUGGAGAACAACUCCAAAUCCACUAUCAGAAAAAACUGUUGCGUUAUUUUGACAAAUCGAAUUCAAAUUUGACAGGAGUAGAUUUGCAAAGUGAGAUAAACGAAAUAUUGAAAAACUACAUGGAUGCACAGUAUUACGGUGAAAUUUCGAUUGGCACGCCAGCACAAAACUUCACGGUUGUAUUCGAUACCGGCUCAUCAAUCUUGUGGGUCCCUUCUGUGAAUUGCCCUCUGCUCAAUAUCGCUUGCAUGCUUCAUAACAAGUACAGGGCGACAGCAUCAAAAACUUACAAGCCAGACGGAAGAAAAAUACAAAUACUAUAUGGGAAGGGCUCGAUGGAGGGAUACAUUUCACUGGACACUGUCUGCUUCGCGGGAAUAUGUAUCAAGGGUCAGUCGUUUGCGGAAGCUAUUUCGGAGCCGGGCAUGGCGUUCGUUACAGCAAAAUACGAUGGAAUCCUGGGUAUGGCAUUUCCAGAAAUCCCUGUGGUUGGCCUGAGUCCUGUAUUCAACAGCAUGGUGAAGCAGAAGCUCAUCACAAAACCUGUCUUUGCUUUCUGGCUUGGCAGAAAUCCAAAUGAUGAAGUGGGUGGUGAAAUAACUUUCGGCGGUACAGAUGAGCGGCGAUACGUGGCACCAAUUACCUACACACCAAUUACACGCCAUGGUUACUGGCUGUUCCAGAUGGAUAGUGUUCAGGGUAAGGAUGGAGCUAUCGCCUGUACUAAGGGAUGCCAGGUGGUAGCAGACACAGGUACUUCAUUGAUUGUCGGACCAAAGAGCCAGGUGGAGAAUAUUCAAAAAUAUAUUGGCGCCGAGUAUACGUUCGAUGGCGAAUACAUCGUGCCAUGCAACAAAGUACCCUCGCUUCCAGAAAUUACCAUCGUCAUCGCUGGCAAAACCUACCUAACGGCAGAGGGAAAAUCAAUAUGCCUAUCCGGUUUUAUGGGAAUCGAACUACCGGAAAAAGUGGGCGAGCUGUGGAUCCUUGGCGAUGUCUUCAUUGGACGCUAUUAUACCGUCUUCGACGUGGGAAAUGAACAAGUUGGAUUUGCUCAGGCCCGUGACAGUAGCGGGAAGCCGAUCGGUAAACGCGUUCGCACAUUCGUCCCGCUACGCUCAGAUCAGGCCUACUCAUCGUAUAAACAGUCGUUAUACGAACAGUGA